AUGUAAAAGACUCCAAAACAUGAAUUCCUAUAGAUGCCAUCCUAAACUAAGAGUGUCAAUAAAAUUAACAUGAUAGAAGUUAAGAAUGAAGGAAUGAUUGUAAUCUAUUUAUUUACAUUUCUAGCAUGAUGUUUGCUAUGAUUUUUUUGGAACUAAAAUUGCUUUAGGAUCAUCUGAUGGACAUAUUGAAAUUUAAGAAAUUAAUGUUAAUUCUUUUAAAUCAGAAUAAUAGAAAGACAUCUUGUCCUAUAAAAUUACAGACUUGUAAUAAAUUCUAUUUUGAGAUAUAGUUAACAUAAAGGACCAGUGUGGCAAUUAAGUUGGUCUAAUCCAAAAUACGGAAAUAUUUUGGCAUCUUGUUCAUUUGAUAAAACAAUAUGUCUUUUUAAGGAAUAAAAAUAAGGCAAAUAUUCAUUAUUGCUUUAAUUAUAAGAACACAAAGAAUCUGUUUAAACAAUUCAAUGGUCUUAUAGAAAAUUUAUUUUGGCAGCUGGAGUAGCAGAUGGAAGUGUACAUAUCUAUUACAGAAAAAGGAAUGGAUAAAUUAAAAAUUAAUAAGAUUGGGAACAUAAAUCAGUAUCUAUGAAUAUAAAAUAAAGGAGAGUUAGCAUAAAUCUUGUGUAAAUUAAGUGAGUUGGAUAAGAGAUAAAGGAUUAGAAUUUGCAUCUUGUAGUACUGAUUAGACAAUCAAGAUAUGGAAUGUAACAAGUCCUAUUGAUGGGGAAUAUAAAUUAACUUAGAUCUAUUAAAUUUAAUGCGAUAGUUGGGUAAGAUCAAUUGAUUGGGCAGCAGAAUAAUUUUAAGAUAGUUAAUCAUAAAAUUUAUAAUUAUUAGCAGCUGGAUUAGAAGUAUAAAUUAUAUUUGUUUAUAGUCUUCUGAAGUUAAGAUCUUUUAUUUAACACAAGAUUAAGAUAACAAUGAUAAAUUGAUUAAAAUAAAGACAAUUCAUUCAAAAGGACCUUGUUGGAAGGUAUAAUGGUCACCAUUAGGAAAUUAAUUAGCGAUAUCAACAUUGGAUGAUAAGAAUGAUCCAUUUAUUUAAGUAUAUUAACUACAAGGAGGUAACUUUGUAGAAAUAUGA